AUGCGCUCAGUGCUCUACCUCGCCUUCGCGGCCGUUGCCGCCGCAGCGUCCAUGGAGAACGCCUUUCUCGUGCCUCCAGGCGGCUACAUGUUCAGAGCAGGAAACCUGCCAAACUCUGGCUCGUUCUCGUUCGUUCCCCCUCCCAGCCUGAUACAGGGCAAGGACUAUACCAUCGAGAUCAUCGAUGACACCGAUCCGUCAAACUACAACUUCACCCCUACCUUCACCGUCGACGGAGCCACCGGCAGCCCGACGGGAAGUCCUACCACCAGCCGCGGCUCCACGACCACUUCAGAGGCCACCACCACCACCGAGGAGUCGACCUCUUCCACCCCGACUACCACUCCAUCCUCUACAAGCGCGUCCACCACCGAGUCGUCCUCUUCAGACACCACCAUGACGACCGUCACUACCAGCGCUAGCACCACUACUGCGACAGACUCCUCUUCCACCUCCGAGACCGACUCGUCGACCCCUACCUCCUCCACCGGUGCGCCGACCGGAAGCGGUGCCCCUGACCCCAACGGUGCCGUCUCCCUUGCUCUCCCCGGGGGCCUGCUCUCCCUGGUCUUCACUCUCAUGGCACUGCUAUGA